GGUAGCGACAAUUUCUCCGGACGUGGAAGUACUGAUCUCACUGUAAAAAUACUCGUCCCAGUUACUGAUUUUGACUAGAAAAAAUGGCGGUUCCUGCAGCCCCAGAUCUGCAGAUGAUCACAGAAACACAAAGCGGCCCGGUUAAUAGCCCAGAAAAUAACAUUGAAAUCGAUGAGAGAGAAUUGGAAAACAUAACAAACGAGGAAGACGGAACUGCGCUCCCUUUGCAUUCUCCAUGGACUUUUUGGCUUGAUAGGUCAUUACCCGGGACAACGGCAGCAGAAUGCGAGUCCAAUCUGAAAAAGAUCUACACCGUGCAGACUGUUCAGUGUUUCUGGAGUGUGUACAACAAUAUUCCUCCCGUGAGCUGCUUACCGCUGAGAUGUAGCUAUCACUUAAUGCGCGGGGAACGGAGGCCGCUGUGGGAAGAAGAAAGCAACGCAAAGGGCGGGGUCUGGAAAAUGAAAGUUCCGAAAGAAAGCACCUCUGCCGUAUGGAAAGAGUUGCUACUCGCUACCAUCGGAGAACAGUUUGCAGAUUACUGUGCGUCAGACGAUGAAGUUGUUGGCGUCAGUGUCAGUGUUCGAGAUCGAGAAGACGUAGUCCAAGUCUGGAACGGAAACGCAUCUUUCGCAAGUGAAGCAAGUGUUUUAGGAAAGAUCUAUGAACUCCUCCCACACAUAUCUUUCAAAGCAGUAUUUUAUAAACCUCACGAGGAACAUCAUGCUUUUGAAGGAGGGCGUUCAAGACAUUAGCUGCUAGCUGUUCCACCUGGUUUUUGUUUUGUUUUGGAUUUGGAUUAAGCAUAGAUAUUGGACUUUUCCCUUGCUUAAACACUACUCUUUCUCUUCAGUUACCUUUAAUAAUCAUUUUACAUCUCAGUCGCAGAAAAUGUAGAGAAUAUUACAGAUAUAUUUUUAUAGAUGAAAUGGCUGAAAUUUCAGACCGUGGACUUUUUAUUUUCCCAUUUUUAAGUUAAUCGCACUGCAGAGAAUUUGGACAGACCUUUGAAUCGCGCCAGGCAUAUAUUGGGGUUUUUGUAAUGAUGUAGAAUAGCGAGUUUCAUGUGAACUCAUUUGGCCUUGUCCCCCCAGCCCUGUCAUUGCUUGCGUAAGUUUGUCUUUGAAAGGAGACGAUGCCUUCUCUACACACAAUGCCUCGGCAUUCUCACUGCCUCACCUACUGCUCUGUGCAUUCUGCUAGAUGUGCCCCAGCCUUCCGCAAACGUUAACGUCCUGAACACCGAGCUCCCUGUAACUGCUCAUCAGCAACUGUCCGCUGUGUUUACAGUAUGGUAAAUCGCUUUAUUCUAUGUGUGGUACCAGGUGAUUUUUGUUGGCAUUCGCAGUGAUUACACCUCUACCGGAGCUUUUGUGCAAUAGAGACAGUGAAUGAUCUUUUAAGCCUGUGUAAAGUCCAAAUUGCUCUAGCAUCACGUCACUCACCUUGCUCCCUUAGAAAGAUUAUGAUAUCAUGUAGUGUUCUAUUCAAUAUACAGUGUUUAGUUUGACAAUUAUUGUAUUCACACGUAAAUUACAGUUUGAUUCUCUGACCGGCUGUAAGAGGCUGAUACAUUGCACAAUAUCACUUUCAGUUCAGAUAUUGCUAUUAUUUCUAAAAUUGUAAUUUAUAUCAUUUAAAACUGUGAACCGUCUUCUCACAAGAGUGAGGUAGACUUCUGUUUCUGUCAUCCCCACUAUUUUAGUAUUGUGGCUUUAAGUGGAAAGCUUGAGAAAUGAUGGAGUCUGAUACCUGUUCAUUGUAAAAUAUACCACUAGGUCUUGUAUAUUUCUAACAUCUAAAUAGUAUUUUAUAUGUCUUUUGGAAAUAUUUGUUUGAAAUCGUCCUUGUUUAAAUCACACUUUUCUCAGCACCCCUUGUUUUUAUGCAGUGUUUUCAUGGAUGAUGAUUAUAGAUGGUUACUACACAUAGAAUGAAUAAUUUAACUUACUGGAAAUGACACAGACGUUUCAUGAAUGUUAUAAUGUCUGCAGGCUGUAUUGUCUCCCCCCGCUGUUACAUUUCUCUUACUGGAAGAUCAUGCUGCCCUCUACUGUUGAAUCAGUGACUGUUGUUCUCAAACAGAUUUGUAUUUUUAAAUAUUUGUAUUUCAAAUAAAAUAAAUAUGAUGGACGAACUUUCAAUGGACGAAUUUGAAAAAGGGUAGUUCUCAACACCCGUACAUGCAGGUUGAGCGCAAAUUGAGAACGUUCUUCAUGUGUACCAAAGAGGUGACUCUCUUUUGCUGUGUUGGAGGCAGGAUUCUGCAUGUAUGGGUAAUGCUAAGAUACUUGCCUUGCCAAACGUCUCACUAGGCCACCAGUCUAGUUUAGCAAAUGUAUGUUCGUAAGAACAGUGGUAGUCCCUUUUAUUGUGUAUAUUUGUUUAAUUUUCUUCUUCAGUUUUAUGUAAUCUGGACAUUAAAAGUGUAUUUAAACAACACAAAUGAUGUAACAUUUAAAUGUAUUCCUGAAUGUUGCUGGUGCAUUUUUUUUCCAAGUACUUUGCCAGGUAAGGUAAGAUAAGGUAAGUGUGAAUUGGCCUGUUUUAUGAGUCGGGUCAGUCAUUGUGAAAAUGCACUACAGCACAAUUAUAUUAUCACUGAAUGGCUUUUUAGGAAAGACGCGUGGCAUAUGCAGCUACACUUUUUGUUGCAGUGUUUCCUAUUUACAAAACAAAAUGACUGCAGGGAUGGAGUUCUUCUACUUAUGGGUCUUGUCCUCCGUCUUGUAGUCCUAGACACAUUGCUGAGACUUGCUGAUUGCGUUUCUCAAUUAGAGUGGUGCCUUAAUUUCUCCUGAGACUUUCAUUUUAGAUUGUGCUGUCUAUUCAACUCAUGUAAUCUAUUCCAAUGUAUAUGCAAUGUUUUCGGCUCGUAGAUUUUGAAAUAUUAAAUCAUAAUAAAAUAUACCACAUAA